AUGCCAAACGAAUCUGCUCAACCUACUCGCCGCCGUGCUUGGUGGUGGAAAAAAUCAAAUAAGCCAGCUGAAGAAAUCAGUGAUACAGAACUAGAAGGUGAACAACCUAUGCUUAUCCUCUUAGCAUCCCAGGACGCAGCAUCUUCGUUACAAGCCCAUCGCCCACGUUCAGAGCGUUCUAGUGCUAUGUCUGUAGUCGAAUCCACAGCUUCGAUCUGGAGCAAGCCAUGGGUUUCUCAAACACAUGAGGAAGGCCAGCUUGAUAGACCUUUAGUAGCUUCUGUCUCUGAGCCUACUCUACCCCAGCAGCGCAGUUCUGGUAGCAGUGUAUGGCCAGGUAAACUAAAGGCAGGGUUUGGAAGACUGGUAGGGCGGAGUCAGAGUGAUGACAAAGAGACGAAAGACCCCAGUCAAGACAUCCUUUAAAGAACGCAUAUUCACACGUAAUGCACAAGCACACAAACACAUACAUAUACAUUUACAUUUACAUUUACACAUAAGCACAAGCGCAAGCGCAAGCACAGAUGCACACUUGGUCAGACACAUAUACAGACAAAGCACACCUACACAUUUAAUACAGCUGCCUAUUUUUUUUUAUAUAUUAU